CGCCCUUCCCCACACCCAAUUUAAUGACGUCUUCACGUUUCAUCGGUCAGGCGCGAUCAAAUCCGGUGUCCAAUAGCUUGUUCACUUUUGCGGUACUGUCUUCAGCAUGCAGGCGGCGACAACUUUGAGAAUGGCUGUUAGUAAGCAUGGGUCAGUGAUAUUACGAAGAUUCCUGUUUGGGCAGAGAUGCUUCACCAGUAGUGCAACGCCUUCAGAGGUGAAGUCAGUUUCUCGAUUUGCAUCACUUGAUGCAAAGAUUGAGAGAGCUUUACCAGCAAGAUGGCAACCAAUAUGGAAUCAUCCUGCAGGGCUCAAGACGAUUCAUUUCUGGGCACCAAUGUUUAAAUGGUGUUUAGUAAUAGCUGGCCUAGCAGACUACGCUAGACCUCCAGAGAAAUUGAGUGUUUCCCAAUCAGCUGCUCUAGCUGCUACAGGCAUGAUAUGGUCUCGAUACUCCAUGGUGGUCAUCCCUAAGAACUGGAACCUGUUUAGUGUCAACAUCUUUCUGGCAUUCACUGGCUUGAUGCAACUGACUAGGAUAUAUAUGUAUCAUCAAAGCAAGAAAGAGGAAUUUGCAGCAUUACAUAAAUGUGGCAGACACGAUUCUCAGCGAAACAAUGUGAAACAUCCUUAAGCCUGGUUCAUACUCGGCGCAAAAGCAAACACGAAUUUAUGACAUCAUGGGGAGUAUUCACGCUGCAAAUUCAUAAAAGUUGAACACAUUUUAAAUCGGGCAAAUUUCACAGCGAAUGUUUUAUUACGUCAAAUUCAAUUCGCAUUCGCAUGAAGUAUGAACCGGGCUUUAGGUAGAAAUGAAUUGUUUCACUUCACACAGGAAAAUUCACAUUUUUUUGAGAAAUUUUAUAUGUACUAUAACAGGCGAAAUGUUGCUAGCAGUCGUGAUGGAGGCCUGAAUAAGCUCCACCCUCUUAUUAUGGAACCACAUCUGAAUUGCUGCAAUUUGAGUUCAAAAUUAUGUAGUAAUGUUUAUUUGGAAAUUUGACCAUUUUUUAAAGGCAUCUUUUCUUUUAGAAUGAUUUGUGACAUGACACAGCUGUGAUUGGGUGAAAAAAGUGAAGCACAUGUAGGUUGUGAAUGGACUUGCAAGCACCAUAGAGCUAUUUGAAGUUACCUGAGCAAUAACUGGCCAUACGCAAAUGUAGCCUGCUGGGCGCUUCCAUGUUUAUGCACUAACAUAUGGAAGGCUCAACAUUUUGUACCGUUUUUGAAAGGUUAUUUGCAUAUCAACUGAUCCACUCAAUCAGUAUACGAGCUUUGUGUUUUGCUCUAAUGACGCACACACAUUUCGCAUAUGCGCCGUAUUAAUUUUUUGUUCAUAGUGUGUCUGUGCUGAGUGCAUGACUCUCACGCAAAUUCAUCUGUCGGUAUGGCCUGUGGGCAUGCACAUAAAUUAAAAAUGUUUGGCACAGGAUGCCUAUGAUAUGAUCGCAUUUUAUGCGAGAGAAUGGAGAGUUAACGCCCUAGUUAUUGAAUAUAGCUCUAUGAACAAGCACAUUGUUUUAGGUUUGAAACAGUUAAGACAGAAAAGGCUGUGAGAAUUUCAAAGCUUCAGUUGGGACUUUAUCACAUGACUUACAUGUAGCAUGCAAAGUAAAGAUCUAAAUGCUUCAUGGAAUAUUUAACUUGAAUUGUCUACCUAUUUAAAUCCUGAGUUGUUGAUCUGCGGAUGAUGUGGUUUUUUUCCUAUCUACAUUGGUGUGUGUGUAGACAGUAAGCACUUGAAAGAAAAUGUCAAGGAAGAUUAAGAAGAAUGGCACUGAUAGGCACGUAGCAACAUUCAAAUAGAAAAAAAACCUGCUCAAAAUAAAACAGGACUGGUAACAAAUACACGUGCAUUUACCCCUUGUGACAAUAUUCUGCCUGGUAUCGUUUGAAAUGGGGACACAUUAUUUUUUUAUUUUAAAGAGUAUGACGAUAAUAAAUAUGUGAAGAUUACCAAUCCAUUGUGAUCUUGACGUCACACACACUUUUAGGCUGAAUGAGUAUCAUGCCCAGUGUGCUGAUUCAGGAAUAUGACAAGGUCAAUUCAAAAUAUGAAACGGCAAUAACUUCUGAAUUUGAAGCACUAGCAACUGAACCCACUUAUCGGAUCAAAAUUGUGCAUAGGGUUUUCUUGAAUUUAUACUUUUUACUGAUCUGAAACGUCAAGCAGUUUGUUAUGUACCUUACUUAAGAUUGUGAAUAAUUUGUUUCUUCAAAUGAAAAAAAUGCAGAAAAUGCAAAUGAUCCUAUGAACAUGUACGUUUAAAACUCCUGUGUUUUCUAUUUCACUCUUUAUUCAGCAGAAAAGACAAAUACUGUUGCACAUAUUUGAAAAAAUCUUUAGAAGUAUGUUUUUUAUUCAAAUUCUGUAGCUUCCUUUUGAAACUUAUUUAUAACUGAAAACAAAAUGUUGGGCCUCUUCAUGUUGGAGAGUUUUUAAUGCAUAAUAAUACUUGUACAUUAUAUUUUUAUUAAGUCCAAAUAAAUUAUGAACAAAAUUUUA